CGCGACCAUGGCUGCCCUCGCCUCACUCCUCCCCCAACCCUUGAACGCGCCCGUAGUGUCCGACGACGAAGAGGAUGUCGUGGUACAGGCUCCAAUUCAACAACAGGCGGGCCCUUCGCAGUCGGUGGUCAUUCGCCAGGCGGUACCACCUUAUGGUCAGAGGAGAGGAUGGAAGCCAACCUCGCUUGAGGACUUCGGGGACGGCGGAGCGUACCCCGAAUGUCAUGUUGCUCAGUAUCCUCUGAACAUGGGCAAAAAGAAGACUGCCGCCGGCAACACAUUGGCUCUGCAAGUUGAUGCCGAGGGAAACGUCCGCUACGAUGCCAUCGCCCUCCAGGGCCAGCGUGCGGGCAAGGUUGUGCAGUCUCAGUUCAAGGACCUUGUGCCGCUCUCACAUCGAAAGGACCUCGAUGAGGCUGAGCGCGCGUUGGACCGUCCUUCGGAAGAUGAGGUCCAAGCCACCACGGACAAGACUCGCGCUGCUCUGGAGAAGCUGGUGAAUGGCAAGAUCAAGGCAGCACAACCCAAGAACGUCCCUGACGGUCAAGGGAAGACCGCCUUCAUCCGGUACACUCCUGGUCAGCAGGGUAAUGCCGACGCACUAAAGCAGCGCAUCAUCAAGAUGACGGACGUCGUGGAGGAUCCUCUGGAGCCGCCGCGCUUCAAGCACAAGAAGAUCCCCCGCGGUCCUCCCAGCCCUCCCCCACCCGUUCUCCGGAGUCCUCCACGAAAGGCUACCGCGCAAGAGCAGAAGGAGUGGAUGAUCCCGCCUUGCAUCUCCAACUGGAAGAACAACAAGGGUUACACCAUUCCAUUGGACAAGCGUCUUGCGGCCGAUGGUCGUGGUCUCCAGGACGUUCACAUCAACGAUAACUUCGCCAAGUUCUCGGAGGCACUCUUCGUCGCUGACCGGCAUGCGCGUGAAGAAGUCAGGCAGCGUGCGCUCAUGCAGCAAAAGCUCGCAGAAAAGGAGAAGGCGCAGAAAGAGGAGAACCUCCGUCUCCUCGCCCAGCGUGCUCGCGAGGAGCGUGCCGGUAUCGCCCCUCGCUCCGUCGAAGCACCCAACGAUUUGGCGAGACCCACGGCGGCGCGUGCUGCAGCUAUGCAGUCUUCGCUCGGUGCGUACGGCUCAGGGAGCGAAUCCGAGUCCGAGGAAGAAGAGGAGGAUGAGGAAGCAGCGGGUAUUCGAGACAAGAUGCGUGAGGAGAAGAGAAGGGAGCGCGAGCGGGAGAUGCGGAUGAGCAACAUGGGUACAGAACAACGCGCAAAGAUGCUUGCACGGCAACAGAACCGCGACAUCUCGGAGAAGAUUGCGCUUGGCUUGGCGAAGCCCACACUCUCGAAGGAGAGCAUGCUCGACACGCGUCUUUUCAACCAGGAGUCUCUCUCUGGCAGUUUCGCCGACGACGAUGCCUACAACCUCUAUGAUCGGCCACUGUUCCACGGUUCCACUGCUGCUGCGGCUAUAUAUAAGGCUAGUGGGAACAUUACAGACGGCAACCAGGAGUCAUUCGGUGGUGGCACGGAAGAGGGUAUCAACCAGGCUCUCGACAACGAUCGCUUUGGCUUGGGUCAGCCCCGCGUCGGCUUCGAGGGUGCACACGACCAGGUGGCCCGGGAGGGUCCCGUGCAGUUCGAGAAGGACACCGGCGAUGUGUUCGGACUGGACAAGUUCUUGGACGAGGCGAAGAGCGGCCGGAAGCGUGGUUUGGACACCGAGGUCGGUGGAUCGCGCAAGCGACAACAACUCGACAAUGCGGACCAGCGCGAGUAACCGUGAGCUUGCAUUCUAUGUUUCCGUCGUAUGUGCUGCCUAUGUGUUGUUAUAGUACUCUUUGUAAUUUACGAUGAUUCGACUCUUGCAACAUCGGAAGACCUAGAUAUGACCGUAGAGGGAGAUCCGAUUAUUAUUUCCUGGCUUACAACAGAGUGGACCUUCCGGAGAACGUCGUCGACUUCAGAAAACCUGACGGGUACAAGUACUAGUUCGCACCUACAGAAUAAGCAUUGG